CCAGAAUUAACUAUUAACGCUACAUGUGUAUCUCGUAGUGUGAUGAAUGCAAACCCUAAUUGGCUUAUUACUCACUUUGUUCAAGGGAUUAAAUCUCGUAGUGAAGAUGAAAGAUUUAAAGCUGUAACUGAGUUAUGCAAAGUAGUAAGCAGUGAGCUGAAAGAGGUAUCGAACCAAAACUACGUUAUAUGUUUGGAUUUGUUAUGUAAUGAGUUGAUUAACAUAUUUUCGAGUGGUGAUAUACAUGAAAAGAAAGGGGCCGUAGUUGCAAUGGGUUGUUUAGCUGAAGUCGAUUUUAUGAGUGUUCAUAAUCAUUGUCAACGUUUUGUAAAACAAUUACUCACUCAAUCAAUAACUACAGAUCUUCAAUUAACAGCUUUAGAAGCAAGACUUAUUGGCCAAUUGGGUUUAGUAUUUCCAUAUGAUUUUAUUGAAGAGCAAAUCAAGCAUGCUUGUGUUAUCCUAUCAAAAGAUAUUUCUGAUGCACAGAAACAUUUCGCUAUUUUAACUUUACGUGAAUUUAUUUUGAAUACACCAACAAGUUUCUGUCAACAUAUGGGUUCGUUUAUUACAGCUAUUCUUUCUGCUCUUCGUGAUAAAAAUUCGGUUACAAGAGAAUUAGCUGGAGCUGCAUUACGUUGUGCAUUCAUUUUAACUGCUAAACGUGAACAACGACGUUAUCGAACUUAUUUAGGCGUAGAUCAUAAUCGUAUGGCUGAAACACCUGGAAGUUUUACAAAUCUCGACAGUGGUACUGCAUCGGUUUUCAGUCGAACAUUUUUUUCUUCAAGUGGAAAUUCACGUCAUAAAUCAAAUCCAAAUUCAAUGAGUACUGUGAAUUUUCCCGGUCUUGACUAUACUAUGAAUGAUACAAGUUCUACAUCAUCACCAUUUAUAUGGUAUCGAGAUUGUUUAGUAGAAUCCAUCAGAGCUCAAAAUGAAACAACUGCAGUUAUUCUACAAGAGCAAUCAAGUCAUGCAUCCAAUACUAAAAAACUAAAUCGUGAUGAUUGGAUACAUGGAAAUCUAUUGAUUUUAGAAGAAUUAUUAUUUUGUGUUCAACCACAAUUUUGUAAAUUACUCAUGGAAUUAGAUCAAAUGUGUGGAUUGCCAUUAUUCGACUUUCUUACUGUUAAUCAUACUGAUGGCAGUUUAGCUGUACGUACAGUCUUGUCUACACGAUGGCCUACUGUGAAUGCUUCAUGUAUUUCUGUAGCUAUUGGUGUACUGCCUGGUAAUCCAUUUUGUUCAUCAGAUUCUGAACAAUUGCCAAAUUUAGCACUUGAAUUACUUGGUCUACGUGAUGGUGUCAAACAAGGAUCGAAUAACUAUUAUUAUCAACAACACCAUCAACAACAAAAACCUCAACACCAACCUCAACAUCAACAGCUCAAUGUACAACAACGUCAACAACAAUAUGCACGACAAAAUUUUAGUAAUUUAUCAUCGGAAAUAUGUCAAUGUCUUUUGUUAGAGAAUAUUGACAAAAUAUGGGCUUCAGUAUUAUCAUGGAUACCUACUCGUAAUCAUCAGAUAAUGUUUUUACUUUACAAGUUGAUUCCACGUCUUGUUGCUUUGAAACCCAGUGAAUUUAAAGAUACAGAACGUCAAUCAACCGUCAUGGAUUGGAUGUUUCAAUGUUUACGUAAAGAAAGAGAAAAACCAAUGAUUUUAUUAAAUUUAUCAUUAAUAUGUUAUUUUAUGGGUGCGGAAUUUGCUACAUCAAAUUAUGUUGCACAACUUUUCCAAUUGAUUCGUUCUUAUUUACCAACACAGAAAGAUAUUGCCAAUAAAAAACGUUCACCGGCUAUGGAAACAUCAGCUAUUUUAUCUGUAAGUCUAUUUGCUAAAUCUUAUGGUCCUGCAAUUAAUGAGUCAAUCAAUCAAAUACUUGAUUCUAUGGUUGCAUCCGGUUUAAAUCAACCAUUGAUUGCUUCAUUUAAAAUGAUUGCUAUGCAUAUACCAAGAUUACGUAAAGAAAUUCAAGAUUGUCUAUUGAACAAUAUCAGUUUAGUUUUAAUGAAUAACAGUGGCGGUAGUUUGAAUCAUCUUCAUUCUUAUAUAACAAAUACUACUACUGGUAGUGGUGAUGGCCCUAUGUCAACUUUAACCUUUAUCCCUAAUCUAAUCAAUCUUGUCGGUGGAACUAUACAUAGUGGCAGUUCUGCAGCGAAUAUGCCUACUUUAUUAAGUUCAAAUAACAUUGGUUCAUCUGCAUCAGCUACAUCGUCUGGUAGUACUGCAAAUUCCACCAAUACAAGUAGUACUUUUCCAUUAGCUACAGCGACACGUUUUGUUUUUGGCCCAUCAACAAAAACUCAUCAUGCUAAACAAGCGAAUUCUACAGGAUUCAAUGUUACUGGAUCAGAAUUUGCUCAUGUAGCGAUUCCUGGUGGAUUUUCAGCUUCUGGCGAAUUGUCUACCGAUGUAGCAGUUGUAGCUUUAGCGUUGAAAACUUUAGGAAGUUUUAAUUUUGAUGGUCAUACUUUGGCACAUUUUGUUCGACAUAUAUGUGAAAAUUUUAUAUCUGUGAGUACAUGUGAAGUGAAAGAAAUUCGUUUAGAAGCUGUUAAAACUUGUGCUCAUCUAAUGAUUCCUUGGCUUAAGUCUACUGAAACACAACAAUGGUAUGCUCGACCAGCUUUGAAUACAGUUGCUGAUGUUUUAAAUAAACUAUUGACUGUUGGAAUAAGUGAUCCUGAUCCUGAUGUUCGACGUUGUGUAUUCUUAUCGUUUGAUCAACGUUUCGAUUUACAUUUAGCUCAAUCGGAUCAUUUAAAUUAUUUAUUCUUAGCUUUAUAUGAUGAAGUAUUUGAUAUACGUUGUUUAGUAAUGCAACGUUUAGGUCGUUUAUCGGAUAUUAAUCCUGCAUGUGUUCAACCAAAUCUACGAAAAGUUUUAUUACAUACUUUAAAUGAUUUAUCACAUAGUGGAUCAACUCGUAAUAAAGAACAAGCUGCUUUAUUAUUAGCUUGUUUAAUUGCUACAGCACCCCGGUUUUUUAUUCCUUAUUCAGAACCAUUGAUACAUAUUUUAUUACCACGUAUAAGACAAUCAUUACCAGCUACAUUACGUGCUACAUUAACAGUGACAGGUUUUUCACGGCUACAACAUUUCAAUGUUACACAGAAUAAAGAAUUAGAUUCUUCUUCCUCCUCAUCAUCAUCCUCAUCACUUUUUCCUAAUGAACGUCUACCAGCCAGUACACAAUUAAUACAAAAUGUCAUAUUAACUACACAAAUCGCCGCAAAUGCCGCUGCAGCUUCAGCAAAUGCAGUUGCAGCUGCUGCAGCUGCUGCCGCGGCAGCAGCAUCCGGUGGUGUCAACGGUUUACAUUUUCCUUUUACCACUACUGUAUCACAACGUUUUGGCGGCGGCGGUACACAACGUAGUUCUAACAAUCCGAUUGGUACAAAUCAAAUUGGCCCAGCGUUGGCUGCUGCAAAUGCGGUAGCUAUGGCUACAGGAGCAGCGACAGCAGCUGCAGCCGCAGCUGGUGCAGUGAUGGCUGCAACUGGUCAAUGUACAUCCAAUGGUGUCACAGGAGGCGGUGGAAUAUUUAAUUGUGAUUCGAGGAAUCUGUUUGGUAAUGGUUUAGUGCCAAAUUAUGGAUUUAAAUCUGAUGUACCAAUGCAUGAUCUAACAGCGGUUGUUGAACGUUUUGGCAAUUUAAAUUUUGAUUAUAAUCGUGAUAAUUAUUAUUUGAAUACGGAAUUUCCUCCCGGUGCAUAUCCACCAUCUGCAUAUCUACUACAAUCGACACCAUUAUUAUUUGAUUCAUCCCAUAUGGUUGGAGAUCAAUACUCUGGUAGAAAUUUAUCAUGGUCAGAAUAUAAUUUGUCAAGAUUAAAUGAAACCUCGUCAUCUGGUACUGCAGCUGCUGCAGCUCAAUGGACUGAACCGACACCUGUGAUUGUUGCGCUAUUUACAACAUUAGGACGAUUAGCCGCUGUAGCACCUCAUUCAAUUUAUCAUUAUAUGGAUGAAUUUAUACCGAUUCUUGCGUAUAUGAUGCAAGAUACAUCAUGUUUUUUAAAACGAUCUAUUGCUGUAUGGACAUUAACAAAAUUAGUUUCCCACACUGGUUAUGUUGUUAUACCGUAUAAACGUUAUCCACAAUUAUUGAAUAUUCUAUUAGGUAUGCUAAAACGUGAAGAAAUCAAAUGUAUUCGUCAAGAGGUAUUAAGAGCUCUUGGUGUUCUUGGUGCACUUGAUCCAUUCAAAUUUAAAUUAUAUUCUGGUCAAGUUGAUACAUAUGGUGAUACAGGUAUUGCUGUGAGUCAUCAUGAAGUAGUUGAACGUAAAGAUGUUGAUAUUACUCAAUCUGAAUUGGUCAUCAAUUUAUCAUGGGAAAGUCGUGAUGUUUUCUUCUCUGUAUGUGCAUUGUCCGCUUUGAUUCAUUCAUUACGUGAUCCUGCAUUGCAUAGUCAAUAUGGUAGUAUUGUUCAAACUAUAGUGUAUGUCUUGAAACUAUUAGGUCCACGUUCUGUGAUUUAUCUACGUCAGCUGAUACCGGAUUAUUUUCGAUGUUUAGAAAAUACACGUGAUACUAGAUUACAAGAAUUUCUUAUACGUCAAUUGGGUAAUGUUAUGACUAUUGUACAAUUGAAUACAAAAGAAUUUGCUCAUGAAGUCAUAGAUUUAUUAAUUACACAUUGGUGGAUUGCUCCAAAUGUUCAACGUGCAUGUAUUGGUCUACUGAGUCCAAUGUCUAAUGUUUUGGGUGCGGAAUUUCGUACUUAUUUAACACGUCUUAUACCAACUAUAUUGCGUAUGUUUCAUCAUGAAUCAAAUGAAGCGAAUUUAAUUGCUCUUUUAGAAGUUCUACCAGAAUUCGGUUAUACAUUGAAAGAUUAUGCUCAUAUUAUUGUACCAGCCAUAUCAAGUUUAAUUGAUAUAACCAAUGAAGCCAAUCUUUCUAUUCUAUUAACUAGUGUUUCAGAGAAUUCUUCAAUAGAUAAUAAUAAUUGUUCAACUACUACUAAUAAUACUACUAAUACUAGUAGUAGUAGCACUGCUAAUACUACUACUACUACUAGUCAUUCACAGUCAACUCUACCGCAUUCCACUUCGGAUUUCAAUACAGAUACAUUUGAUUUGUCAAAUAUUUUCUCAGAUACUACUACUACUACUAAUAAUAAUAAUAGUAGUACAUCAGUAAAUGAUCUAACACUUGUUGGCAUUGCCUCAUCAUCAACAACAACACAUCAACCACAACUAAUGCAUAUGAAUAAAGUUGGCAGUGUUCGUCUACGUAAAGCCUGCCUAGAAUGUUUAGCACGUUUCACUGAUUGUGUUGAUCUAGAUGAUUUCGCUGGACAAAUUAUCCAUCCCAUUUGUCGUUUAUUAUUAACAUUAGAAUCAUGUCAUCAAAGUUAUCAACAAGUGUUACAUCAUCAUCAUCAACAACAUCUUUUACCUUCGUCAGCAUCAUCAUCAGCGUCCGCGUCAUCACCAUUGACAAAAUCCACUGCUCUGCUAGGCAGUCAAAUAUGUUUAAAUGCAAUCAAUCAAUUGCGUGUACCAGCAAUGGAUGUAUUAACUGGUUUAUUAUAUCGAAUGGGUCAAAAAUUUAAAUUUUUUUUACCAUUAGUACAAAAAAUGUUAAGCCGUUUACAUUUGCAUACACCACGAUUUAAUACGGUACUUGGACAGGUAGGUGAUUAUUGUUUCUGUUUGUAUAAAGUUUGUUAUUAA